GCCCCAGGGGACGUGGCCGUUGCUCGAGUCGAAUGUGGCAUUCUCCAGUCCACCUCCGUUGCAGUCUCCAAUUAUCUGAAGGAGGCCGCAUUAAGGAAUCGGUCGCCCUGCGGCGAUGGCGUUGGCGGCGGCGGCAGCAUUGAAGGAGGCCACAAAGAGUUUGGCGGAGGGGUGGCGGAUCAUCCCGCGGCCGAUCCUCGAGACAAUACUCAACAACUACGCUCACCACCACCGCGUUCAUCAGCCCGUCAUCUUCCACGGUCCACGCGGCGUCGGAAAAACCUCCCUAUUACUCCACCGUCUCCUCCCGGAAUGGAAUAAAGGCGCCCACGUUACGGCCUAUGUCGACUUUGCAGGUGACCCCUUCGCCGCCCGCCCUUGGGCCUCUUUCUCGACCGCCUUGGAGCCGCCAUCCCUGGGAGCAAUUCGUGGCCGCCUGGAGAGCGAACUUGAGGCCCUAGUCGACCAAGGUGUGCGCCGCGGCAGCAUUGGCUGCCGGGAUGUCUUUGACGCGUUAAACAAGUGGCACGGCCUCCACACCGCUCUCAAACGCAUCAUAGGACCCAAUCUCCUCUCCAAGCGUGAUGAGACGGCUUCUGUUGCUGCCCUCUGGUCUAAGGCUAUGUUCACUUUCUCAUCCCGGAUUGGAAGUGAAGAGAUAAAUGCGAAUCUGGCCACGGAGGAGAAAGCAAUUUCAGCAGGUGGUACGAGAAAGUACUCCAUGGGGGAGGUAGCACACAUGAGAGAGACAGCGGUAUCAAUAAAACUUGCGAAGGAGGUUAUCAAAAUGCAUCAAGAAUGGAGGAGGGAGGCCGUUAGGGAUCUAAACCGCAAAGGAGGGUUCUCGAGGUCUCUGGCUAAUUCAUCUACUGAUUGGCCCUCACUCUUGCUCGAUAUCCUCUCCAGUGCAGCAGAAAUUGACUUCUUCCAGCCAAAACUAGUUAUAAACAACGUAGAUGUUCUGCGAAAGGCAAUCUUAACAGAUGAUUCAACAGUUUCUGCUACAAUGUAUCAUGAUAGUUUCAUUUGGCGGUUGAUAGCCCUAGGUGUGAAUGAAAGAUGCUUACCUGUCGUUCUUGUAACAUCAGAUAGUUACUAUUCAUACCGGGCCUUUAUUGACUUCGGAUUUCCUAACAUUUUUAUCUCACGCGAGACUUUUGGGUGGACGCCUCAAGAAGCUAAGCUGCAUAUGGUUUCUGAUUUCUUCAAAGAGUCCGAGUGGAAAGUGAUUGACGAAGUACUUGGUUCAAAUCCACGGCAACUUUACGAACUUUAUGUGCUCAAACAAAGUGGUUAUUACCCAGAGGCAUAUCAGGGCGACAAGAGUAAUUUUGAGGAUAUUGUGGAUGCUUACUUAUCGUAUCUACAAGUUACUGUGGUGAACCCAGCCAUGGAAUCAGCUUUACUCAUUGUCCAAAAGUUUGCUUUUGAUGCAUAUAAUGGUAAAGUUUCUGAAGAUCGAUUGCAUUUUGGUGCACCUUGGAGGCAUCCACCUCGCACUAAUGACCCUGUUUCAUCUAUCAUGUGGGCAAAGAUUCAACUCGUAGAUUUUGUCCAAUCAUUUUUGAUCACUGAAUUCGGUGUUAAUUAUCUAGCUGACCAGAGCCUUGAAAUACUGGAUGAUCCUUCACUUCUUGCCAUGUUGGAGGUGGGAUUGUUAUAUACACAGAGAGAUCCAUCUUUUGUUCGGCCAAUUACUCGUGGUAUCCAGAGAUGCCUAGUGAGAUGGCUUGUUCAACAAAAGCUGCAAAUGGACUUUCGGGAGCGUCUAGCAUACUUAUGGCAACGUAUAAUCCGAGGUCGAAGUUACCGCCAUUUGAUGAAGGAAAGUGGCUAUAAAAGAUGAGAGAGGUUCUCUCUGUAUGAAAUAUGAAUGUAAUGAUACCAGCUGCCCCACUCUCCAAUUCUGGAAGCAUUCUUUUUCUCAGCUUGUCAUUAGUUUUCCACCAGUUAUUUUUCAGAUUACUGGAUGGUUUGACAUGUUCUCUAAUGGAUUAGCUGAAACUUUCCAAGCUGAUAUUAUGAUAUUCUCUCUUUGGCGAUGGAAUUCGGCAUUUGUUUGAUACUGCAGUGCGAAUAAGGAGUGUUUCAUUGAGGGAUAUGAUCUGACAUUAAUAGCUUAAAUGCCAAAAACUGUUGUUUCUCCGAUUUGUUUUUCGCCCCUCCAUUUAUAUAGAAUUGCUACCUUGGUUGGCUAUGUGGGCCUAUCAAAAUCACGUUAUAAUUGUUCGAUGUAUUUAUCUCAAUGAAAAAUGUAUGAUGGACCUCGAACGAUGCAGUUCUUUCUACCGAGCCGAUUGAAACCUCAAAACUCGUGCAUUUGAAAAUAAGCUAUUACAAUCCACUCCUUUGUUCAAAUUAUUUACAUUGUUAAAUUUUUUUGUAACAUUAUUAUUAUUUUUUUAUCAGCGAUUUUGAUACAGUGAAAAUGGAUGAUUAUAGCCUGUAUUAUUUGUGGGAGUUAUUUUAUAGCUUCUGGAUUACUUAAGGUGUGCCCACCUCUUCUUCCACCUCACUCAA